CUGGCGGGCUGGGGCGUCUGGCCACCCCACCCCAACCACGCCAACGACCGCUCCUCCCGGUGUGCGCCGCGCAGGUGCGCACCAUCGCCAUGGAGGUGGGCAACGACGUGCAGCCGGACGGCUACGUGCCCGUCAUCUGCGGCCUGUCCCGGACCAAGCUCCAGGACCUGGAGCGCGCCUGGGACGCAGUGCGCCACGCCAAGCGGCCCCGUGUGCACACCUUCAUCGCCACCAGCGAGAUCCACAUGAAGUACAAGCUGCGCAUGACGGAGGACGAGGUGGUGGAGAACGCGGUGGCGGCGGUGAAGCACCUGCGCUCGCUGGGCUGCAACGACAUUGAGUUCAGCCCCGAGGACGCCGGCCGCUCAGACCCCAAGUUCCUGUACCGCAUCCUGGGCGAGGUGAUCAAGGCCGGCGCCACCACCCUCAACAUCCCCGACACCACCGGCUGGUGCCUGCCGCACGAGUUCGGCGAGCUGAUCGCCGCCAUCAAGAAGAACACGCCCGGCGCCGACAACGUCAUCAUCUCAACACACUGCCAGAACGACCUGGGCCUGUCCACCGCCAACUCGCUGGCGGGCGCGCAGGCGGGCGCGCGGCAGAUCGAGUGCACCAUCAACGGCAUCGGCGAGCGCGCCGGCAACGCCUCGCUGGAGGAGGUGGUCAUGGCCAUCAAGCUGCGCGGCAACGACGUGAUGAAGGGCCUGCACACGGGCAUCCGGCCUGUGCACAUCUACCCCACCAGCAAGAUGGUGUCGGACUACAGCGGUAUGGUGGUGCAGCCGCACAAGGCCAUCGUGGGAGCCAACGCCUUCGCGCACGAGUCAGGCAUCCACCAGGACGGCAUGCUCAAGAACCGCGAGACGUAUGAGAUCAUGUCGCCCGAGUCCAUUGGCCUGCCGCGCCAGGAGCAGGACCGCGGCAUUGUGCUGGGCAAGCACUCUGGCCGCAACGCGCUCAACAGCCGCCUGCGCACCCUGGGCUACGAGCUGAGCCAGUCGGAGCUGGACGACGUGUUCAACCCGGGGUUGACAGGGAGCGGGCAGGGAUUGGGCUUCAAGGCCCUGGCUGACAAGAAAAAAGGCAUCACCGACGAGGACAUCCUGGCGCUCAUGAACGACGAGCUGCACCAGCCCAAGGUCAUCUGGGAGCUGCUGGACCUGCAGCCUGACAAGGAACGUCAGGCAAGAGUUGAUAUAAUGGCCACUGUCGGCGGGAUGAAUGCGCGUGCGCUCGCCUCCGCGCGGGCGCCGCUUUGCCGCCGCGCAUUGCUGCUGCCUGCCGGUCGCACGCGCGUUGUGAUGCGCGUUGGCGAGAUUCGCCGCCCGGAGUACAUCCCGAACCGCAUUGAUGACCCCAACUACGUGCGCAUCUUCGACACCACCCUGCGCGACGGCGAGCAGUCCCCGGGCGCCACGCUGACCAGCAAGGAGAAGCUGGACAUUGCGCGGCAGCUGGCCAAGCUGGGCGUGGACAUCAUCGAGGCGGGCUUCCCCGUGGCCUCGCCCGACGACUUCGAGGCGGUGAGCAGGCGGCGCUUCAAGGCCCUGGCUGACAAGAAGAAGGGCAUCACCGACGAGGACAUCCUGGCGCUCAUGAGCGACGAGCUGCACCAGCCCAAGGUCAUCUGGGAGCUGCUGGACCUGCAGGUGGUGUGCGGCACCAUGGGCAUGCCCACCGCCACGGUACAGAUGAAGGGGCCGGACGGCAUCGCGCGCAUCGGCGUGGGCGUAGGCACCGGCCCUGUGGACGCCGCCUACAAGGCCGUGGACAGCCUGGUGCGGGUGGAGGCGGAGCUGUCGGACUACAGCGUCAGCAGCGUCACGCAGGGCAUCGAGGCCCUGGCUCACACGCGCGUCAUGAUCCGCCCCUCGGGCAAGAUGAGCGACGCCGGCUACAGCGAGCACGCGGCGCUGGGCACCGUGCAGCGCCAGUUCUCGGGCUCGGGCGCCAACGAGGACAUUGUGGUGGCCUCGGCGCGCGCCUACGUGAGCGCGCUCAACAAGAUGAUUGGCUGGAUGAGUGUGGCUCAGAAGGUGGCGCCGCGCGCCGCCCGCGCCACCGCCUCGGGCGGCGCGGCCCUGGCGUCCGUGGAGAACGGCAGCUCGGCGCCGUCGGCCGGCAAGGACCUGGCCACCUCGUCCAUGUGAGCGAGUGAGGCGGCGUGUGGGGCGGCAGGCGUGUGGGGCGGCGGCGUGAGUGGGCCAGCAGCGGCAGGUGGGGUUGAGAGGGGGAGGCAGCGGUAGCCGGAGGAGGAGGAGGAAGCGGAGGAGGAGGAGCGCUAGGGCGCGGCUGCAGCUGCCUGCGGCAGCCCUGUCGGCUGCCGACGGGCGGCCGGUAGCAGUGAUGAGGUGGAGAAGGCGGAGCAGUGGAAUGGAGUGGAGGAGCAGGUAGGAUGGGCGUGAGCAAAACAGUAUACGGGCGUGGUUGUUUGCGUGAAUGCGUGACGCACGAAAGCACAUCUAGAUGCUAGUGACAGCCGGGUGCCUGGCAGCACUGAGGAAUGUGUGCCAGCACAGCGACAGGCGUGGAGUGCUGCAAGCUCCUCCGCGUGUCGGUUUGUUACGUAUGUUGCUGGGGCCAUGUCCGCGCGUGUCCGGGAGAAAGGCAUGUGCGCGUGUGCGACGGCUGCAGCGCUCAUCAACUUGACGGCAAGAUCGGCCGCUGGUGGCCGGGAAGGACGAGCGGCGGUGGCUGGAUGAUAUGAUGUGCACAGGCGUUGAUGCGAGCCUGGAAGGCGAGGAAGGAGUGGGAAGGCGGAGGUGCCGAGCUGGGCACGUCGUGGAAUCGGGCGGUUGGGGAUCUACCGCCCCGUGGCAAAGGGAUGGCUGGGGGGUUUCCUGUAACAGAGCUUCGCGUUUCAUUGCCCUUGCCCAAUGCACUGUUACUGAUAGGCCGUGCUGAUAGGCCGACCUGUUGCCUUUGCCACGCUCCCGCACGAAGCAACAUUGCGUUGGGGGUUACGCCUAGUGCGGGCGCUAUCCAGAACGGUGUGAGAGGGCUAGUGCUGAACAAACCUAGGCUGCACGACAUGACUGAGACUGAGAACACGCCUGAAAUGGCUAGUGACUCUCCUCUGCCCAUUAACACCCG